CUGGUUUGUUUUCAUCCGUCAUCUGGCAGACCAGCCCAAGAAUUAUUUGCAAAUUUCUCUAAAUUUCUUCCAAAUGCUUUGGUAAAUUGUGCUCUCAAGUCUUUGGUGUGUUUAGUCGGAACCUAGAGACUAGGUGAUAUGGAGACUUCAGGAGGGUGUUACUGCUGCGUACGACCGACAGCAACAAGUAUGGACCUCGAUACAGCACUGAAUGAACUGGGCAUGCUCAGUACAGUCACGGAGAGUCGGCAUCAGUAUUUGAGAGAGUCGCGUUCAAGAGCAAAAUCGGAAUCAGAAAAGGAGUCUGUCAGUAAUGUCGCUGCCAGUGGUUGUUCAAGUCAGGAGCAGGACGUUGUUCCUGGGGGAUACCAAGUCUUAAAAAUGAACCCGAAAUAUAUUGUAGGAUUGACGUCAAGCCCGAAACAGGACAUAUUUCACUCUCGUGGUCGGAGUAUGAGUGCACCGGUAUCGACAGCGUCAACUGAUUUGGGAUUCUUUUCACGGGCGGGGAAGUUUUCAAAAAAUAGCAUGGAGGUGGAGAGGAAGACAUCUAGAGUUGCACGGGUGAAAUUGUCACGAAUCCGCCGCUACCAACAGCCCUAUAAUCUUCCCUGGUGGCUCAAUAAGUCAUUAAGUCAGGAGAGCACAGGUCCUGUGGCGUCAACUAGUACAUAUUCUAGUAGUUUAGAUGGCGCCACCGGUUUGAAAACGGACUCCGAGCUGUCUCAGGUUGAGGGGCUACAGUUUGCAUUUCAUAGGUCGAAAUCUAUGAAUGAUCUGACUUUGGCAAAGUUAAGUCUGGGUACUACUACUACUAGUAGCAGUACGAUGAGAACAGCUGAGGGACAUAGUGAUGAUCUAACGAAGGGGUCUGGUGAUACGCAGGGAAGAGAAAUAGACAGUGUAUCUGAACAUUUGCAAGAACUCCAUGUCAAUGAUGAUGAAAGUAUGUUGAGAAUUUCACCGUUGUUUUGCAAUACCUGAGUGGUUGGGUUUUAGAUUUAAGAGGACUUGAACAUAGUACAGGUUGCAUUUUUGUAAAAGUCAGGGAUGGAUAGAGUCGGUGCAGACAAAUGCCAAUCACUCUCCCAAAACUGUAUGUAGAUGGAUGUCAUGUGUACACAUUGCUGCCCUGGGGAAUCGGCACCACAUUUGCUGAGUUCCAUCCUCAGUUCGGCUCAGUUAGAAUGUUCAUAGUCAUACACGCAUGUUGGCAUUGAAAAGGUACUUAAUUCGCUGUGCCAUCUGAAGAGACUUUUCGAGUCGGCUUUUAAAGGUCAGUGGAAAGCACACACUGGGGAGGACACUGAUUGGUCGUGUGGUUACCAUCGGUUACGAUAUCGCAGUUUUCAACAUAACGAGACUGGAAAUUUUUCAGUAAACAUUGUAACUGAUAUCACAGGAGAAAUCUCUAGCUUGCCUUCAAAGAACAUGUUUUUCACACAGAUCAGAAAACAAGUAGUACUGACAUGUAUGGCAGUCUGGUAUAAUAUUAUUGUCACUGUGCUCUGUGCGUUCAUUUCUUUGCUAUUUAUGAAGUUAGUUGCCAUACUUUGUUUUGUUGGGUCUCUGCAAUGUCUGCUUUUUCGUUUUUUGGGUGAAUAAAACACUUGACUCUGGUGUGAAUCUUCCAGUUGACCCAAGAUAAAUACAAAGGCGGUUUGGGUUGACCCCAUGCGUCGAGAGCAGAGGCGUUGAAAGAGAGGAAAUCAUGAGGUGUCUGCUAAGACUUGGGAGGCCUGGCCUGAUAAAUUUACAAAAAUUUGAGAGGGAGAACUGUAAUCGUUACAGCUUUAGUUUUAAAUGCAACUUGAUUUGAAUACCGGUAUUUGUUCCUUCAUGUUUGUCUUACCUGUUUGUCAUACUGUUUGUUUUUUGCACAAUUGUUGCAAUUUGUCUUCAGUUCUGGUCUAGUAUUAUUAUUAUUACUAUUGUGAUCCCACUAAUUAUCUUUGGCAGUGUAUUUUUAUCUCUAAGCUCUUUUCCUAUCGCACCCAGUAUAUAUCGGGUCCGUACCCUGCGUCCUACUGGCCCGCAGUAAUGCGUACUGCUAAAUUUUCUAUCAUUCUAUAUCUUUCAACCGCAGUCCCCAUAUGAGUCUUUUGUAAGCUACCCCUGAAAAACGAGAAGGUUACACUGCACUCCACUCAGUGCACUCAACUCAGUGCACACCUCGUCCCUAUGAUUGGGUUAUGCUACUUAUUUUACAAUGAAACUUUUCCUUAGCCAAGUUGGGAUGCAGGCCGCCUGGUCAUCAUUGUAUACCGGGUGGGGGCCAUGGGUAUGGUAAACUUUCAAAACCCUGCGGCUGCAGUAGUGAAAGGGUUAAGGGUUGUUUCAUUUUUGUUUGACUGCAGAAAUGGAAAGGUCUAUGCCUGGCUUUCCAUAAAACUUUGGACAAAAAUUCGGGUAUUUGAUCACCUGUAAUCGUUUGAGGCCGUUCCUGUCAGUUUAGAGAUUGAUGCAAAACUGCAAGGAAGCCAGUAUGAAGUACUUUCAGUCUACCAAGACUUACAAAAAGAUUGUGCCCUGACAAAUAUUGGCAAUAUGUUGUGAAAUUCGAUUUAAAUCUUAAGAUUAUAUGCUCAGCAACUGUGGUAGGAUUUUAUUGUCUUGGUGUGCCACGGUGUUUCAUAUGGGGUCCAAGUUUGGCUGCAGGACAUACAUGUAGGACAGGACGGUUUUCGUGUGUGUCCUCGAUGUACCUGAAAGUUUUUUCUCAACUUUUGUUUACGACUUAUUCUGUUCGCAACAGCUUGCUAAAAACAAUAUGAAGUAGAUUUUCGAAGCAAAACGAAAGUUGCUCUGAUUGAAGUGUGCAGAAGAGGCAAAGCAUGAAAUAUUAACACUAUUAACCCGCUGUAGGUGAUGUGCAUGAUCCCAAAGUAUGUAUUUACAUGCUCCCAUAUCCUGCAGGUCAAGGAUAGCACGUCGUGCCUUUCCUCGAAAUUUUCAACAACACUUUGUUGCACCCUCUCUAUUGGUGUCGAUUGUCUGACAGCACAUCUGACCUGUCUGACCCAAAAAUGGCUACCGCAGCGAGAGGGUUAGAAACACUUUCUUGAUUAGGGCUUUUGGGGAAGUCUCAGCCGGCUGAGCGGAUGUUCUUGCCAAACUUGGAUCGAAGGUGCAUACACAGUCUGUGAUGAUUUGCUAUUUAUUAUCUUGUGUUUUGGCUGAACUCUGGUUGGCGCACUGAACAAAAAUGAUCCAAUGAAGUAUUGUUCAU